ACCGGCUGCGGGAGCCGGAGCUAGAACCACACCCACGUCGCUGCCUUUUCCUCUUCUGUCAUCUCACUGCACCGCCACAGAUCGCGUUCCCUGAGGAAAGCGGCCGCCCACGCCUGGAGCAUCCUCCCCUGUUGAGCGGGCGCUGACGGGCCCGGCGGCAUGAUGCGGCUGAGAGGCUCGGCGAUGCUGCGGGACCUGCUCCUGCGGUCGCCCGCCGCCGUCAGCGCGGCUCUGAGGCGGGCACAACCCCUGGUCACCCUGUGCCGGCAUCCCCGGGGCGGGGGCCGGCCGGCCGCGGGCCUGGCGGCGGCCGCGCGACUCCACCCGUGGUGGGGCGGAGGCGGCCGGCCGGCGGGGCCCCUCGCGCGGGGCCUGUCCAGCUCUCCCUCGGAGAUCUUGCAGGAGCUGGGCAAGGGGGGCACGCAGCCGCAGCCUGGGGCGUCGCCACCCGCUGCCCCGCCGGCGCCCGGCCCCAAGGACAGUCCCGGGGAGACGGACGCGUUCGCCAACAGCGAGGGCAAAGAGCUGGUGGCCGCAGGCGAAAAUAAAAUAAAACAGGGUCUGUUACCUAGCUUGGAAGAUUUGCUCUUCUAUACAAUUGCAGAAGGACAAGAGAAGAUACCUGUUCAUAAAUUUAUUACAGCACUCAAAUCUACAGGAUUGCGAACGUCUGAUCCCAGGUUGAAAGAGUGUAUGGAUAUGUUAAGAUUAACGCUUCAAACAACAUCAGAUGGUGUCAUGCUAGACAAAGAUCUUUUUAAAAAGUCACCUGGAAAGGUUGCAGAUUAUAUUCCUCAACUGGCCAAAUUCAGUCCUGAUUUGUGGGGUGUGUCUGUUUGUACAGUAGAUGGACAGAGGCAUUCUAUUGGAGAUACCAAAGUUCCCUUUUGUCUUCAGUCCUGUGUAAAACCUUUGAAAUAUGCCAUUGCUGUUAAUGAUCUUGGAACUGAAUGUGUACAUCGAUAUGUUGGAAAAGAGCCAAGUGGACUAAGAUUCAACAAACUAUUUUUAAAUGAAGAUGAUAAACCACAUAAUCCUAUGGUAAAUGCUGGAGCAAUUGUUGUGACUUCAUUAAUAAAGCAAGGAGUAAAUAAUGCUGAAAAGUUCGACUAUGUAAUGCAGUUUUUGAACAAGAUGGCUGGUAAUGAAUAUGUUGGAUUCAGUAAUGCAACGUUUCAAUCUGAAAGAGAAAGUGGAGAUCGAAAUUUUGCAAUAGGAUAUUACUUAAAAGAAAAGAAGUGUUUUCCAGAAGGCACAGACAUGGUUGGUAUAUUAGACUUCUAUUUCCAGCUAUGCUCCAUUGAAGUGACUUGUGAAUCAGCCAGUGUGAUGGCUGCCACACUGGCUAAUGGUGGUUUCUGCCCAAUUACUGGUGAAAGAGUGCUGAGCCCUGAAGCAGUUCGAAAUACACUGAGUUUGAUGCAUUCCUGUGGCAUGUAUGAUUUCUCAGGGCAGUUUGCUUUCCAUGUUGGUCUUCCUGCAAAAUCCGGAGUUGCUGGGGGCAUUCUUUUAGUUGUUCCCAAUGUCAUGGGCAUGAUGUGCUGGUCUCCUCCUCUGGACAAGAUGGGCAACAGUGUCAAGGGAAUUCACUUCUGUCAUGAUCUUGUUUCUCUGUGUAAUUUCCAUAACUAUGAUAAUUUGAGACACUUUGCAAAAAAACUUGAUCCUCGAAGAGAAGGUGGUGAUCAAAGGGUAAAGUCAGUCAUAAAUCUUUUAUUUGCUGCAUAUACUGGAGAUGUGUCUGCACUUCGAAGAUUUGCUUUGUCAGCCAUGGACAUGGAACAGCGGGACUAUGAUUCUAGAACAGCUCUCCAUGUAGCUGCUGCAGAGGGUCAUGUUGAAGUUGUUAAAUUUUUGCUGGAAGCCUGCAAAGUAAAUCCUUUCCCCAAGGACAGGUGGAAUAACACUCCUAUGGACGAAGCACUGCAUUUUGGACACCACGACGUAGUUAAAAUCCUCCAAGAAUACCAAGUCCAGUACACACCUCAAGGAGAUUCUGACAAUGGAAAGGAAAAUCAAACCGUCCAUAAGAAUCUUGAUGGAUUGUUAUAA